UGGUUUAGUUAAGAAUUGUGUCAGUGCAGAAGGAAAAUGGGUACCUUUGGUUAUUGGGCAGUUAUGAAAGAAUGACCCAAACCGAACAUCAUGUAACUUGCCCACAACAAUUUGAAGACACAAGAGAAAUGAGCUGCUGAGACAGAGGUUCACUCUAGCACAUGCCAGUGCAGUGCACAUGAAUAUGCCAGUGUUUCCUGAUUUUACUGUUAAGAGCAGCUGCUGGAUGGCUAAAAGACAAAAAUGUACAACGUUUACAAGUUAAAGUAACCUCUCUCAAGGUCCUGAAGAAGAGUAAAAGAUGUUCAGCACUGUGUCAUGCUUUUUUUUGCACAGUGUGAAGAAGAAAACUGAUUAUUUCCAAAAACAAUGCCGACAGUACUCAAGAAAACUAAUUUGGAAGUGGAGGCAGGUGAAAUCACAACAUACUUUGACAGCAAGAAUUUUUAGAGAUACUGAAAAUGCAGUUUUCCGAUUAAGGAAGGAUCCAAGAUGUUCCUUCACCCAAGAGGUAUUUCAAUGCCAGCUCUCUCCUGUUCAAAUCAACACGAUCCUCAGAGCCAAUGAAAUGUCAGUCAGGAUCCCAGAAUUUGAUGGUAGAAGUCUCAGUUCUGUGCUUAAAUUUGAGAGCAAUCAGCUCCCAGCAAACUCGCCUACAGAGGACCGAAGGAGUGUAGCCACUUGCAUGCAGACUAAAGGCAUGAUGUUUGGUGUAUUUGAUGGACAUGCUGGUUUUGCUUGUGCACAGGCUGUGAGUGAACGCCUUUUUUAUUACAUUGCAAUGGCUCUUAUGCCUCAAAAAAAUCUGGUGGACAUUGAAUUUGCAAUGGAGCAUAUGAAACCAGUUUUGCCCAUUCUACAAUGGUAUAAACAUUCAAAUGAUUACAUUUACAGGGAAUCUGCAUCUCUUUAUAUAGACCAACUCAGAGUUUUCUGGCAGGAGCUUAUAGACUCUGAUAAUGCUGAGGGAUUGAGUAAAAAGGAUGCACUCUCUCAUGCUUUUAAGAGGCUGGACUCUGAUAUUUCCCUGGAAGCCCAGAUUCCUUUGAACAAUGACCUGAUGAAGAAUACAGCUAUUCAGGUAGCAUUUGCUGGCUCCACUGCCUGUGUAGCUCAUGUGGAAAAUGGCGACUUGCAUAUUGCCAACACAGGCGAUUGCCGAGCAGUACUAGGUGUUCAAAAUGAAGAUGGAAGCUGGUCAUCUUUGCCUUUGACUAAUGACCACAAUGCUUUAAAUGAGGCAGAAUUGUUACGUGUUUUGUCCGAGCAUCCCUUGGAAGAGAAGGACACAGUUAUAGUUGAGAACAGAUUGCUUGGACUUUUGAUGCCUUUUAGAGCCUUUGGGGAUGUCCGCUUUAAAUGGAGCAAGGAACUUCAAAAGAGUAUUUUAGAAAAUGGCUUUGAUUUAGAAUCCCUAAACAUUCAGCAAUAUUCGCCUCCUAAUUAUCAUACACCACCAUAUUUGAAAGUAGAGCCAGAGGUAACUUGCCACAGGUUGAGACCUCAGGAUAAGUUCCUCAUUUUGGCCUCUGAUGGCCUCUGGGAUAUGCUGAGUAACGAGGAGGCAGUUAUGCUGGUGGCAGAGCAUUUAACUGGAAUUCAUGCCAAUGAGCCAGUUUCUACUAGUGAGAAGCAGGUUAGUUUAGGAGAGAUGCAUAGUCUUUUGAUGAAGCGAAGAACAAGAACUGUGUCCCCUUAUGAUACCAAUGUUGCCACUCAUUUAAUCCGCCAUGCCAUUGGCACCAAUGAAUACAAGGAAAUUGAGCAAGAACGAUUAGCUGCCAUGGUAAGCUUGCCUGAUGAUCUGGCCAGGAUGUACAGAGAUGACAUUACUGUAACUGUUGUCUAUUUUAGCUCAGAUUUACUCAGAACACUUUAGUUUUUUUCUCAUAAAAUUAAUAUAGGCUACUGAAUAAUUAAAUAAUUCAUGUUUGUAUUUAUAGUAAACUGCAGAAUACUUCCAUGUGAAAUAAUGUAAUUAUGGUGCUCUAAGAGAUUUUGCUGCCCGUUAGUUGACAUGCCAUCAGGUACAAAAUGAAAAGGGGGCCAGAAAAACCUCAAAACAACAUAAGUAACACUUUUAUAGCAGACAUCUGAUUAGAUAUUUUGAUUUUAAUGUAAAACAAUAUCAAACAAAAGAGGACUUUAUUCUCAAAAUGAAAAUAAACUUAUUUUGUGAAUAAACAAAACCUUCUGACAAAAGAAAAAAGCAAAAGAAGUGAAAAAUAAGAGUAAUCUUCAUAUGUAGAUGUCCUUGGGUCUUACAAGCGAGCUCCUGUAUUUUCCAAGUGUCACAGUGUAGAAAAAAAACUGUCCUAACUGGUUAAAAAUCUUUUAGGAGUACGAAUAGUAGCAUUUUAUGAGCUUUUCUUAUUUAGGAAAUUACUCCUAACUACAAAGAAAAUGUGAAAUAACAAAAGAGAAUUAGGCAUUUAAACCUACAGCAAAAACAGAAAUAUUUGUAAAUGUUGUGUGAAUGUCAAAGUCAUACUGCUGUGCUUUCUGAAUCCAGAAUAAGAGAAGAGAAAAAAAUACC